AGGAAGUAUUUAGUCCGCUGCGAGGUCUCAUUGGAAGAGAAAGUCGAAGAUAAUUUAGCGCAGUUUUAGUUCGGACGCCUGUGUCUUUAUCCUCCUUUUUUUAAAAUACAUUUUUAACUCAAGUAGAAACCUCUAAACUGUUUGACAAUGUCGGGCUUUUUCAAAGGUCCUGCUUACGGAUUAUCCGCCGAGGUCAAAAACAAGAUUGCGCAGAAGUAUGACGUUCAGAAGGAAGAGGAGCUCAGGAUCUGGAUCGAGGACAUCACCGGCUCUUCCAUCGGCCCCGACUUCCAGAAAGGACUGAAAAAUGGUGUCAUCCUGUGCAACCUCAUUAACACACUUCAGCCAGGCUCUGUGAGAAAGGUGAACCAGUCGGCGCUGAACUGGCACCAGCUGGAGAACCUGACCAACUUCAUCAAAGCCAUCACGGUGUACGGCCUGAAACCCCACGACAUCUUCGAAGCCAACGACCUGUUUGAGAACGGCAACAUGACGCAGGUCCAGACAACGCUGCUCGCCCUCGCCAGCAUGGCUAAGACCAAGGGCUGCCAGUCACGGGUGGACAUCGGGGUGAAGUACGCUGACAAGCAGGAGAGGAUGUUUGAUGAGGAGAAGAUGAAGGCUGGACAGUGCGUCAUUGGCCUACAGAUGGGGACCAACAAGUGUGCCAGUCAGAAAGGCAUGAAUGCGUACGGCACCAGGAGGCACUUGUAUGACCCCAAAUGUCAAGUCCAGCCCCCCAUGGACAACACAACCAUCAGUCUGCAAAUGGGAACCAACAAGGGCGCGAGUCAGGCGGGGAUGACAUGUCCUGGGACAAGGCGUCACAUUUACGACACCAAGCUGGGCACGGAAAAGUGCGACAACAGCACCAUGUCUCUACAGAUGGGCUACUCCCAAGGAGCCAACCAGAGCGGGCAGAACUUCGGCUUGUCGCGGCAGAUCUACGACUCCAAGUACUGUCCUAAAGCCAGCGAGGUCCCAGCCGAGCCGAACGGGGCGGGCGGCGUCCGCGACUACAUCCCAGAUUACCAAGACGAGGGUUACCAAGGUUACCAGGAAGAGGAGCAGGUGUACCAAGAGGACGGCACAGAUUACUAAGAGGAAGGGAAAGGGAGAUUGUGUAAAGGCGGCAGGUUGAGCAGGAAAAACCUCAAAGCAGGCAGGUGGCUUAUUUUUAUAUCUAUAGGAUAUGGCACCUCUCCUUUUUUUUUUGUAUGAAUUUUGUUUUCUUACCCCUAUUUGUGCGAAACCAUCGUUACACAUAUCAUGAUGAACUGUAUUUCUGUGAUUUUUCUUUUUUAUAUUUAAAGUGACCACAGAAGCCAGUCGCUCUGCUCAGAUAGUUGUCUAUCCCAGGGAAUCUUUUUUUAAUGUGCCAAAGCCCCAUUAUUCUGUUUUGUUUUUUAUCCACCAUUGGUUUUUGAGAACUCUAGUUACAUUAAGGGAGAUGCCCAGGGUUCUCUUAAGGGCAGAAUGAAACUAAAGGUGAAGCCUUGGGGAAUUUUUAAAGAAGUUUUUUUAGAAAACGCGUGUUAUUUUGACUAGAAAAACACCCACAGUUAAGUUUCUGUAUUUGCUGUAUCAUCUGUGUCAAAAACAAUUCCUGUGAAUGUAGAUUUGUGUAUUUGUUCUGCGUUCAGUAUCCUCUACAUCCCUUCAGUAUUGGUCGUUACACAAAGUCAUGCUCAGACAGACGAGGGAACAAAAUGCAUUUAUGCAGCAUUAUUCUUCACUCUUUUCUCUCUCUUUUUCCCUUCACUCUUAAAUGGAGGAAAUAUUUCCUUUGUUUGCAUAAGCAGUCCAACUGGAGAAAGGUUUGUUUUCUUUGGAUGAGGACAGUGGAGGGGGGGAGUGGAUAAAAUAAUACUCAAGUGAAGUUUUGAACAUUCCAAGCAAGAAUACUGGAUUUUUUUUUUUCUUGUCAGUGAAUAAUGUUGCAGUGAAUCAUUCUUAAAUAUUGGUUGUUAUGCAAAUCGAUCAUACAAUUUAUAUUUGAUCGUUUCAGAUUAUUAUUUAUGCAUAUUUGUGUUCUGAUUGGGGGCUAUUUUGUAUCUUGACUCUGAAUAACAUUUGGUAUUUGACUAUGCUUUUUUUUUUUUUUUUUUCCCUCUGGAAUAAUCUUUUUUCCAAAGGGGGGGGGAAAUGAAUUGUGAGAAAAGUGUAAUAAUAAUAAUAAACGUAUAUUCAUUAUUA